AUGAAGAGCUCCAAAAAGUACAUCAUCGGGGCGUCGGCUCUGCUCAUCAUUCUGGUCGGCUGUGGACUGGCAGUUGGCAGAGCUUUGAAUGGCGAUGAUGAAUCUAUGUACGAUGAAACACCCAAAUCUAUGCAGCAAAUCCUUUCGGAUAUACGCAGUUUGAUGGAGGAUAAUGCCAUUGCAGCUUACAUAGUGCCCUCGGUGGAUGCUCACAGUAGUGAAUACAUCUCGGCGCACGAUCGACGGUUGCAGUACGUUACUAACUUCACCGGCUCUGCCGGGACGGCCAUCAUCACCCUAACGGAAGCUGCACUGUGGACCGAUUCACGCUACCAUCUGCAGGCGGAAGGACAGCUGGAUGCGGACUAUUGGACGUUGAUGAGGGAAGGACUGUCGGAGGUUCCCAGUCGGGACGACUGGUUGCAGCAGCAUCUGCCUUCGGGGUCUCAAGUCGGAGUGGAUCCGUUUCUGAUAACGUCAACCGAAUUCGAUCGUCUGUCGAGGGUGCUGAGCUCCGGAGGCUUUCGGCUGGUAACACUGGAACGGAACCUAGUGGACAGUGUGUGGAACAAUCGACCGGAGCAAACUAGCGAACCGUUGAUACCUUUGGAUAUUAAGUUUUCUGGUAAACGAGCAUCGGAGAAAAUUACUGACCUUCGAGAAGAGCUGGAAAAGAACAAGGCUUCGGCAAUCGUAAUCAACAGUUUGGAUGAAAUCGCUUGGCUAUUAAAUCUACGCGGAUCGGAUAUUCGGAAUACUCCGGUAUUUUUUGCCUAUGUGAUCGUGUCCGGCAGUCAGAUUACACUGUUCACAAACCCAGAUAGGAUCAUCGAUACUAUUCGUGAUCACUUUCAGACGGAAGGCAUCAGCGUGACGGUUCGGGAGUACGACGACGUUUUAGCUGGAAUCAAAGAGCAAGUACAAGAGCACAAUAAAAUCAUUAUUGCCACUGCAUGCAAUCAGGCUUUUUAUGCUCUAAUUCCUGCCGAUCAGAGAAUUCAGCAGUACAGCAUUGUGGCAACGAAACGUGCCGUAAAGAACGCCAUCGAAGCCGAAGGAAUGCGAAAAGCGCACAUUCGCGAUGGCGCUGCCGUUGUUCGUUACCUCCACUGGCUGGAAGAGAAUGUCGAUUCUGAAAACAUUACCGAGCUAUCUGGAGCGAUGAAACUGCGCGAAUUUCGUAGCGUACAAGAAAACUUUGUAGGACUGAGCUUUACGGCAAUCAGUGCCUUCGGCACAAAUGCAGCCAUAGUGCACUAUAGUCCUACGGAAGAGACGGACACUCUCAUAACACGGGACAAUAUCUACCUCAUCGACUCUGGUGGUCAGUAUUGGGAUGGAACUACCGACGUGACUCGGUCGGUGCACAUGGGAGAGCCCACGGCUUUCCAGAAGGAGGCUUUUACUCGUGUCCUCAAGGGAUUUCUCAGUCUCGGUUCGGCAGUAUUUCCGCCGAAAACAUCGGGAACAUUUUUUGAUGCAAUGGCUCGGCGAGCCCUUUGGGAUGUUGGUUUGGACUACGGUCAUGGCACUGGUCAUGGCAUCGGAUCAUUCCUGGGUGUUCACGAAUACCCACCCUCUCUGGUGUCCAGCACAUCUUCGCCGGGCAACGUUGGACUCCUGGAAAAUAUGUUUUCUUCCAACGAACCCGGUUACUACGAAGCGAAUCAGUUCGGAAUUCGAUUGGAGGACAUUGUUCAGGUGGUGCCGGCUGAUGUUGCCCACGAUUUCGGCGGUCGAGGGGCGCUUACUUUCUACAGCAAUACAGUGGUUCCGCUGCAAACCAAACUAAUGGAUACCACAUUGAUGAGCGACCAUGAAAUCGAGUUAGUGAAUAAGUAUCACGAACGAGUGAUGAAGGAGGUUGGGCCUCUGCUGCUGGAACAGGAGGCUAAUGAUGCGUACAUUUGGCUGGCUAAGCAAACGCAGGCAAUCAAAAGGAUGUAG